AUGUCGGGGCGCGGGAAGCAGGGCGGCAAAGCGCGCGCCAAGGCCAAGUCGCGCUCGUCGCGCGCCGGCCUCCAGUUCCCCGUGGGCCGCGUGCACCGGCUGCUGCGCAAGGGCAACUACGCGGAGCGCGUGGGUGCUGGUGCGCCUGUCUAUCUGGCUGCAGUCAUGGAAUACCUGACAGCCGAGAUCCUGGAGCUGGCGGGCAAUGCAGCGCGCGACAACAAGAAGACGCGCAUCAUCCCGCGCCACCUGCAGCUGGCYGUCCGCAACGAUGAGGAGCUCAACAAGCUACUUGGCGGUGUCACCAUCGCACAGGGCGGCGUGCUGCCCAACAUCCAGGCUGUGCUGCUGCCCAAGAAGACCGAGAGCCACAAAGCCAAGGGCAAGUGAGAGUUCUCUGGAGACCAAUCAACUUAAUCUACA